AUGAAAAAGAUAGAAAUUAUAGUUUAAAAUUAAAAUAUAAUUAUUAAAAGUAGGAUUUAAUUAUUAACACAUACUCAAAUGUAUUAAAUGUAAACAUACUUUAGUUUUCUGUCAGAAUCUCUUAACUGAAUCCUCGAUAUAGCCAGGAAAAUGUAUAAAUGUUAAUCUACCAAAAUAGCUGAAUUGUUAGGACGCUCGACUGUGAAAGUCUGUUACAUAUGUACCCGAGUUCACUCCCCACCGAAAACCUUUUUUUCCGUUUUAGUCAAUGGUAGACUAGUCUACCAUAAUAUUAUAUUCUAAAUUCACUGAAUUUCAUUAUGCAUUUACGAGGGUUUCACUAGAAAAUGACUGCUUCGGUAAGUAAUUCUAUAGUUGUAUAGUAUUUCUAUUUUAUUAUUGUAAAAAUACUUGUUCAAAAAUCCUUUAGCAUUACUCGAGUUUUUUUAUUGUAUUACUUGAGUAAUGCCAAGUAAAGUUUUACCUGGGGCAGUUACGGUCUGUGGUGCACAGUAUAUAGGAAACCGUGCUCAUCCAAAGUUCGUUCGAUGGCUUGGGAAGUUGCCCACGACUCAACACCAAAAUUAAAAAGCGUGUGAAGAAUGGAAACGUGAUUUGUCCUAAGGCCAAUUUCGUUCAGGCCUGCCCUCCAGCAGUUACGCAACCGCCAAGGCUACCCUAUCCGUUUUGAGCCAUGGAGGUGAACAAAAACAAGACGCCGAAGCCAAAUCCUAGACUUAACUCAAACUUUCUUUCUGCCCUUAUAUUCUGGUGGGUGAACCCGUUUAUGGGUGUUGGGGCAAAGAAAGAUCUUGAUGUUACCGACCUGUACGAUGUUAUGCCAGGAGACAAUUCGGAAGAGCUUGGACUGAAAUUGCAAAGGAUUGGUCAACCCCUUUGUCUGGGCCAACUGGUUCACUACUUUGGCAGUGAAAACAAAACAAUAUCCACCACGCAAGCUUAUCUUUAUGCGGCUGGGGUGGUGUUGGGUUCCGUUCUGUAUACCAUGACUCUUCACCCGUAUUUUUUUUUAUGCCAACAUACCGGAAUGCGAAUCAGAGUUGCAGCGUGUUCUCUUGUUUAUAAAAAGUGCCUGCUGCUCAGCCAAAAGGCUCUGGGACAAACAACCAUUGGGCAAAUGGUCAACAUUAUGUCCAAUGACGUCAAUCGCUACGAUUUUUCAGUCAUCUUUCUUCAUUAUCUUUGGGUCGGGCCGCUGCACACAAUAAUUAGUAUGGUUAUUCUGCUUCACGUCAUCGGACCUUCUUGCUUGGUCGGGCUUGCAGUAUUGAUUCUCUUCGUCCCUUUGCAAAGUUGGAUGGGUAAAGUGUUUUCAAAGCUCCGACUGGAAACUGCGAAACGUACAGACGAAAGGAUAAGAACGAUGAACGAAAUUAUUUCCGCGAUGAGGGUGAUUAAAAUGUACACCUGGGAGAAGCCUUUUGCCAAACUGAUUUCCAAGUGCCGUCGAAAGGAGAUAAAUGUUAUUAAGCGGACGAAUCACUUCCGCGCACUCAACAUGAGUCUCUUCUUUACGUCCUCGAAACUCAUUAUAUUUUUAACUUUCUUGGUAUUUAUCUUUACCGGCAACCAUUUAACUGCUGAAAAGGUUUUUGUGACUGUUUCCCUGUUCAAUAAUAUUCGCAUUAUUAUGAUAUCGUUUUUCCCCGGUGCGAUAACUAUGGCGGCAGAAGCUAGAGUCUCUACUAAGCGUAUCGAAAAUUUCUUAUUGUUGGAUGAGAUUGAAAAAAAUGCUCAGGCAAAAGUGCACCCAGCAUUAUCCGAUUGUCUGGUUGAAUUGAAUCAAUUGACAGUCAAGUGGCCAGCUGCUGGAGAGAAAGAAGACAAUACGUUGACGAAUAUUUCUUUCACCAUCCGUCCUGGCCAGGUGUUUGCCAUCGUUGGUCAAGUUGGGUCUGGCAAGAGCUCGCUGUUGAAUGUCCUUCUCGGCGAGCUUUCUCCGUCAACGGGAACCUGUCGAGUUGCGGGGAAGAUCGCUUACGCUUCUCAAGAAUCUUGGAUCUUCUCUGGAACGGUGCGUCAGAAUAUUUUGUGUGGAUUGGAGUACGAUCUCAAACGAUACAAAAAAGUGAUCAAAGCCUGUGCAUUGGAUAAGGAUUUUAGCCUCUUCCCUAACGGUGACCAGACCGCAGUGGGCGAGCGGGGUGUCUCGCUUAGUGGUGGUCAGAAGGCGCGAGUUAAUCUUGCCCGAUCCCUUUACGUCGAUGCCGAUAUUUACCUAAUGGACGACCCUCUUAGUGCUGUAGACACUCAUGUAGGACGCCACCUGUUCGACAAAGCCAUUAAUGGAUACCUGAGUGACAAAAUACGAGUGUUAGUCACUCACCAACUUCAGUACUUGAAAGAUGUAGACCAGAUUCUCAUUCUCAAAGCGGGUCGUGUUGAAGCGAUGGGAUCCUACAAGGAAAUUAGUAAUAGUGUGUUGGAUAUUGCGAAAACAAUAGAAUACGAAGAGCCAGAACUAGAGGCAGAUAACUUGACGCGGUCUUUCUCUGAAUGUGACAUUGACGGUUCGAUUUCAAGGUGUGGGUCUAUCUCGAGCACAAUACGGCAACGUGUGGGAUCUGUCACAUCAAGGUCUUCAGUGAAAGAGAAAAAAGAGGAGAAACCAACGUUUGCGGAAGAAUCUCGCUCCUCUGGUAGUGUGUCUCCUAAAAUCUAUUGGGAAUACUUUCGGUCGGGUGGCAGCUGCAUGUCACUCUUCACAAUGACCGUCACUUGCAUCAUCACUCAAGUCCUUUUCAGUGGAUCCGAUUAUUGGCUGACCUUGUGGACGAAUGCUGAAGAACUUCGUGCUACGCACAGCAAUGUAACGGAAAAUUCGACAUACAUACCUGUUACUGAAAACGGUUUCUUUAACGUCACAUCCGGCACGGAAGAAACUGCUGUUUUUUCUGGUGCAUGGUGGAAGAAUCCCGACACGUACACGGGCGUAUACGUUUUUACCAUCCUCAUUAUUUGUGUUUUCAUCUUCUCGUUUAUUCGCACUAUCCAUUACUUCAUGAUGUGCAUGAUCUCGUCGAUCAACUUGCACAAUCGCAUGUUCCAGUCGGUUAUCCGCACACCUCUUCUUUUCUUCGAUCAAAAUCCAGUCGGACGUGUUUUGAAUCGUUUUGCCAAAGAUAUUGGAUCCGUGGACGAGAUGUUACCUUCCGCCUUCUUCGACGUUAUUACUAUUGCUCUGACUGCUGUUGGUAUUCUGUUCCUGGUUGGCCUAGUCAACCCUUGGUUAUUAUUACCAAUUCUAUUUCUUUCCAUCGUUUUUGUCAAUCUUCGGCAAUUCUACUUGAAAACAGCUCGCGAUGUGAAGCGUCUCGAAGCUACCACUCGGAGUCCCGUUUUUACCCACUUGUCCUCAUCAUUGGUUGGUCUAACCACCUUGAGAGCCCAUCGAUGUGAAGUGAUCUUCCAAACAAUCUUCGAUGAAUGCCAAGAUGUUCACACCUCUGCUUGGUACAUGUUUUUGUCGACCACUCGAUGGUUUGGCAUUUGGCUGGAUUGGAUUUGCGUCAUCUAUGUUGGCUGUGUUACCUACGCCUGCUUGGCACUACGUGAUUCUAUGACCGGAAGUGAAGCCGGGCUUGCGAUAUCCUCAGCAAUGGCCUUGACGGGUAUGUUCCAGUGGGGUGUAAAACAAUCAGCAGAAGUGGAAAACCAAAUGACGUCCGUUGAACGUGUUAUUGACUAUAGCAAAUUGCCCUCAGAGGCUCCCCUAGAUUCGGCCUCAGGAAAGAAACCUCCAGACACGUGGCCACUGAGUGGGACUAUCCAAUUUGAUGGGAUGUCUCUUCGUUAUAUUGAAGCUGACCAACCUGUUUUGAAAAGCAUCACUUGUUUAAUUCGAGCAAAUGAGAAGAUUGGCAUUGUCGGUCGAACGGGAGCUGGUAAAUCAUCCCUUAUUGCAGCUUUGUUUCGAUUGACAGAGCCAGACGGCCACAUUAUAAUUGAUGGCAUCGACAGCAAAUCGAUCGGUCUUCAUGACUUACGAUCGAAGAUAGCCAUCAUUCCACAAGAUCCCGUUUUGUUUUCGGGUUCACUUAGGAAAAAUUUGGAUCCCUUCGGUCUUCACAGUGACGAUGCCCUCUGGAACGCUCUGGAAGGGGCUAAACUGAAGGAGAUGGUUAAGGAUCUAUCCGCCGGACUAGAAGCAAAUAUGACUGAAGGAGGAGCUAACUUUUCCGUUGGUCAAAGACAGCUCAUCUGUUUGGCACGAGCUAUUCUUAGACAAAAUCGUAUCCUUGUUUUGGACGAAGCCACAGCUAACGUCGAUCAAAAAACGGAUUCCCUUAUCCAGCUAACGAUCCGAGAGAGGUUCCGAGAUUGUACUGUCUUGACGAUUGCCCAUCGUUUAAAUACAAUCAUGGAUUCUGACAGAAUCAUGUUACUUGAUGCUGGCUAUCUAAAGGAAUUUGGUGAGCCUGCUAUUCUUUUGGAAAAUCCCAAAAGCAUGUUUUAUAGCUUAGUAGAACAAACUGGUCCUAUCGUUGCUACUCACUUAACUGAAUUGGCUAAACAGGCUGCUGAACAAAGGCGCAGAAAGGGUACAAACGCAGCGGAUUUAACUAUGGAAACUAAUGGGAAUACCAUCCGUCACCAGUUAUGUCCGAAAGCUUCUCAAGAACAAGGGUUAGAUGAAUCAGAGUUUGAAACGGAAAAGUUGAAAAUUCAAAAUUAUAACGUACACUCGUUAUCGGUGUCUUCCUAGAAAAAUUUUUUCGUUGAAAACUGCCAUUCUGUUGUUAAUUCUUAAUUGUGAAUGCAUAAUGGAAAAUAGAUCUAAAUACAAUUAAGCUCGGUUUUGAAA